CUAAAUCCAAGUUAGUCCGUUUACUGCUGGUCGAAUGUCAGUUAAGCUCAAAGCUGGAGGAAGAAAGUACUGUGCGGAAUACAGUAUUAUUUACGCGAGACACGACUGUUGACGUUCGCGUCCGUUGGUUGACAGAUCGGGGGUACCAAAUAUUCAAAUUUUUGUGAAAUUUAGUUUAAAAAUGCAGCGUUGUUUGUAAUAUAUUUUGGACAACAGGACUUAUUAUUUUUUUCGAAAAUGUUUUUGAUUUUUGUGCUGGUUGUUGCGGGUUACGCUGUUGCUGAUACUAGUAUAAAAAAUUUAAUGGGUGAACCCGACUACAGGCAGGUGCGCCUCCACUGGGAAGUAGAUUCCUCCAAAACGAUACCCAACGGUUUCAACGUACGGUACUGCGAGCUACAGACGUGGGGUACCCAAAGAUGUAAAGUCCAGAACAUUCCGGAUUUCUCGGAGAACGUUCUGGACAAGGAAGAACACAUGAAGAUAUUUAACACUGAUAUUAAGGGUCUGAGGAUGGCUACUACUUAUUCCUUCGAAGUAAAAGCUGCAAAGGAAAAGGGAGAAAGGGAGGAUAGAGCCGAUGGUGACGAUAAGAACCAGAAUAUGAUUGUGAUACCUACGAAAGGAUUUUCCGCCAAAGCGACACAAUGCCUUCCGCACGCCAGUGAAAUAGAGGUCUCCACGGGCCCCUUCUUCGGGGGCAGGAUCGCUGUGGAGGCGGCGGACGGCGAGAGAUGUGCUAUCGAUGGCGAGCCCGAUAGUCCCAGAGACGUGUACACGCUGCGCAUAAAUCACACCGAAUGCGGCAGUCAAGUCAACGAUACCACUGUCGCCACCUUCGUCUUGGUGCAGGAGAAUUUGCCCAUUUUGACUCAUAGUACGAGAAGGUUCUUGGUUCUGUGCUCCUACCAACCAGAAACGUUGACGGUGCGGGCAGGCAUCAACCUUCCGAACGCCGUCUCGUCAUACCACCACCAGCAGCAAACGGGGGGCGGCGGAGCACGGGGGCAGGCGCACGUCGAGGCCCAGUACGAAGAAGGAGACAACACUUUAGGAAGAAGAUCGAGGACCGGUCGAGUGAUGCAAAAACCAGAAGCGUUAGUUAAAGAAGAGACUGCAGAAUUCAAAGAACCCAUAUCCUACAAAAACAAUUUCGUCCCCGUCUUCGUGAUAACGAUGUUGGUCAUCGCAGGCGUCAUAGGAAUCGUGGCGUUGGCUCUGAAGAUAGCCAGCAAGAGGAUCACGGAAGAGUUCGACAACGUCUCCAUCGCUUCUGAGAUAUCUACGAGCAGUUGCAGUACGGUUACGGAUGUUGAAGUAGCCAUUGAAGGUUCGAAUAAAUAUACGGAAAGAUCCUUCAGUCACAUAUUAUAAUUACCGAUGAGGUACUUGAUGAUUUUGAGAUUUCCAUUGGUGACUACAAAACGAAUAAAGCUGUACCUACAGAUACUCUUCGCAGAAUAACAAAUAGAUCAACGAAUAAAGAUGGUGUUAAAAAUGAUGAAUAUGUUAAAAAUACGUACUGACAUCAUCAAUUAAUCGUUGGUUUUAAAACUAUGUAUUAGGUAAAGCUCCCUGAGUAAAUCUCUACAAUACUUAUUAUGUUGCUCCAACAAAAAUACCAGUAACAAUUGAUAAAGCAUUAAUUGACAUAUUACACUUCAAAAAUUAUAUUUUAGUUAAUAAUGAGCUAAAUGUAUUAGGCAGUAGCAUCAACAGUAUGUACCUAGCUAUCCCGUUACUCUUAGGUCUAUCCAGAGAAGAAUAUAGUACAUACAUCACACAGUUUGGUAAUAAUCAAUAAUAUAGUGCCUAUUUAUUUUGUUGUUAUUUAGCGUAUGGCAAAUAGAACACAUAAUUAAAAAGAACAGAAAACGUUAACCCAUUCACUACCUAUCACGCGCCAGCGCGUGAUGUGGUUACUUCAAUCAGGUGUCGUUCCAUCCUUUUCGAAUGGCAGCGAAUGGGUUAAAUGAAAUAUUACAAACAAAUAUCUAAUGUAUCAAUACAAUCAUUUUCGGUCACAUUCAAGAACUCAUGAAAAAAUCCAGGGAACCGCCUUCGGGGGCAUUAUUUAACAAUGUGACGGACAGUUUAUCGUUGCGCACCAAAGUCACAUUCAGGAGUGUAUUUCCCCAUCUGUGUAAGCUGUCAGCACAUCUACCGCUGCUUAUUCUUAUUUUGUUCAACUUUGUCCAUAUACUGCGCAGUACAAAGCCUGGCGGUUUCUGAUCGAUACAUGCCAUUUGGUCUACUUCCUGUGGUGGGUCGCUCUCCAAUUGUGUUCUCUAGGCGUUGGUGAGAAUGAGGACAAUGGAAAUAAUCUGGAGCACAGUCUAUUCAUUUCGAUAUCAAGCUUGUCAUAGUUGAUAGGUAGUUAAUGGUUACCCUUUGUUUUUCUACACUCUUUGAGACGAGAAUGACUUCUAGUUUUGACGGUGGAAUGUGACUCAGAAUGGGUUAGCUGUUAUUCUAAUUAUAGCGGAGAUCAUUCACAUCGUUUGGUUCAAUUGAAUAUUCAGCUGCUAAGUAUACAAGUCCGAGAGCGGAUGAUCUGAGUACGGAGGUUGAGGUACCCCAUAUGGUGCCACAUAGCUUUUCAGUGGCGCACCCAGGGAGGGGUUUUGGGGGUAAUAACCCCUCCUAGGGCAUAUAAAUAUAUAAAGAAUAGUAGGAAAAUGUAACUUAUCUUUCACAAACAAUAUAAAAAAAUUUCGGUGCCCAAGGCAACCCCCUCCAGAAAAAAAUUCUGGGUGCGCCACUGUAGCUUUUGGAUUAUAUUAUUUCGCGUCUUUAGUUUUGGUGCCGUUCUUUGUAGGUGUUCUUUAAAACCCAAAGUUCUGUCAAAGGUCACUCCAAGAUAUUUUGAUGUUAAAUUAUGACUCCAGGCGUUAGUGUAGCCAAAUUUCUGUGAAGUUGUCCUAGACAGGCCCACUAUGUAUAAAUUAAACAGUAAGGGCGCCAAAACAGAUUUGGACAAUUAGAAUUGCUCAUUGUGACUUGAAAGGGUGUCAGUGAGCAUGAAUCAAUGAGUUUAGUUCUGUUUUGACACGGAGUAGUUUGCAGAUUCAUCAUUGUCUCCAGACGGUAUCGUAUGUAGCUGAUAAGUCAAUGAAACCAACGGAUAUUUUUAACAUUCUUUGAAAACCUACUUCAAUGUGUGUUGUUAGGGAUAGAAUCUGAUCUGUACAACUGCAGUUAGGUCCUGCUGCUUGAACCUAUUGUUGCUAGAACACUGCUUGCUCAAUGUAGACCAGGACUAAUCUGUAAAAAAACGUGUAUUUUUGGAUGUGAGAGGUGGCAUUAGCCUUUUUGCAGAUAAAGUUAUGUUACACCUUCAGUAAUAAUAAUUGACUUAUGCUCCUUCUCAAAUAUGCCCGGAACAUUAAUAAAAAAAUUAAAAUAUUUAAAAAUUUCGAAAAACAUCGAUUUUUUUCUGCUUUCUUUGCUUAUAACUUUAAAACGGUUCGUUUUGGAACAAAGUCGUAGAGAAAUAAAAUAAAGAUAAUUGAAUUUUGUAUGAUAUACGACUGGUCAAAAAUGCCUUAAGGUACUUAUUACCUUUUCUGCAAUAUAGCAAUAAAUACAAAAUAAGGGGGCAAAAUACGCCUUUUGUUAUUCAAUGUUUGUUCAUCACUUUGGUGGCACUUAAAACCUUAGUAAUUCGCUUAGAAACUUCUUAUAACUUAAAUGGUCUACCAACUUUCAUUACAAUCGACCUAAUAGAUUUUGCAUAAUAAAUUUGCAAUGUAAAUGUUUUUAAAAAAGUUCAAUUUUUUUAAAAUCUUUCUGAACAAAAAGUAGACCAUUUAGAAGUUGGAUAAUUUUUUACAUAUAAAGAGGUGCGCUACCUAUCUAAUACACUUUGCAGAAUUAAAAUCGGAUUAUUUAAGGGCCUCAGCAAUGUUUUAAAAUUAUAAACAAUUGUUUGGCUUAUAAACAAAUAGCUUUGUUUAAUAAUAAAAAAAUUAAUUUUUAGCAAUGCAAAUAAUUAAAACCGGUAUAAUUUGACUUAAACUUUCAAAUGCUGUCAGCAGAAUUGCUAUUUUAUUUUUGAAUCAAAAGUUAUUCUCGUUCAAAAAUUGCAAUUUUCCGAUUUUUUGAAUGUUCCACCACGUUUAUCUCGAAAACUAUGCAUCCUACGAAAAAACUUGUAAGAACAUUUUUUGCUUAGAAUUAUCCAAGAAAGAAUACAAAAAAUGUUUUAUUUUGCGAAAAAUCGAUGUUAUGUAAUUCCUUAAUUUCUUUGUUUAUAACAAUCUUAUCGACAUCCGGAUCAACUGUUACCCAAAAGAAUUCGUGUUCUACGGGUCAAAAUAUAUAAAAAAACUUGGGUAAGUCCAUCUAAAUAAAGGAGCCCGUAGCACCCCCUCCUGGACACAGCAGUAAUUUAUUUAUAAGCCAAAAAAUUGUUUAUAACUUUAAAACAUAGCUGAGGCUGCUUAAAUAAUCCGAUUUCAAUUCUGUAAAGUGCAUUAGAUAGGUGGAGUGCUUCUUUAUAUGUAAAAAAAUUGACAAAUCUUUGUAUGUACUAGUUUUUGUUGUGCAAGAUUUUAAACAUUUUUAAUUUUUUAAAAAAAGUUUAGAUUGCAAAAUUAUUAUGCAAAAUUCUAGUAAGUAAAUUUUAAUGAAAUUUGGUGGACCGUUUUAGCACAUUACAAAAAUUUUCUAAGCGAAUUAGGAGUGUAACCUAAGUCUAAGUGAUGGAAAAACAUUGAAUAAGGACAGGCUUGUCUUGCCCCCUUAUUUUAUAUUUAUUGAUAUUUUGCAGCAAGGGUGUUAAAUUAAGACAUUUUUAACCAAUCGUAUCUGAGAGAAAAUUUAAUUAUCUUUGUUUUAUUCCCAUACGACUUUGUUCCAAAAGGAAUAAAAGAAGAGUUAAAGUUAUAAGCAAAGAAAGUAGAAAAAAAAACGAAAUUUAUGAAAUUUUUAAAUAUUUUAUUUUUUUUAUUAAUGUUCCGGGCAUAUUUGAGAAGGAGCAUAAGUCAAUUAUUAUUAACGAAGUUAUCACCUAACUUUAUCCGCAAAAAUCCGAAUGCCACCUCUCACAUCCACCUAAAAACAUAUCCUUCCUGGUCUAAUGGGUAUUAAUUCAAAUCUGUUUUUACUAAUUCUGUUGUAGAUUAAGCUUUGCAACCGUUUAUAGACACAGCUCAGGAGUGCAAUCGGUCGGUAGUUUUGACUCUGAUCAUUUAUUGCCUGUCCUUAUUCUAAAAUGGCUACAAUGGAGGCUUAAGUGACGGGGAUAUCUCCUGAUUUUAAGAAAUCUUUUUACAAAUCAGCCAACUAUUUCCUGGCAUAUUGUCACAGUGAAUGAAAAAUUCUGGAUGAAUUUUAUCGUAAACGAGUGCCUUUCCAGGCUUAAUUUAUGAUAUUGCCGAGGUGAUUUCUUCUGGAGUCAGAGUAAUCGAUGUAUAGGUGGCCACUUGCAUAAACUGACUUAUAGGUACAUAACCUAUCUGUUUUCCAUUUUUUAAAUAACAAUUUGAAUACAAUUUUAUUACAAACAAUGUUUAUAUUGAUAACGACAGAAAUGUCACGCACUAAGUUUACGAUUUGCAAAAUGGCUGAUGGCUCUGUAUUAUUCAAUGUGUUCCUCUGUUUUGUCUUGUGUAAUAAGAGCUCUUGCUUCUGACUGUUCUCAGUGGGACUUUUUGGCACAUAUAAUUAAAAAGCUUUAUUUCGGUCCAAUGUAUUUGGUAACAAACAAAAUAGCUGCUUAUAUUGUGGUUGUAAUCUCUUCUCCAUUGUGUAGUCCUAGUUUAACUUCGUUUUAAUCAUAUAGGUAACAUAAAUAUAAUACAUAGACUGCGAAAGCAGAAACAAUAUCACAUCACUACCACUACCACUCAACCACAGUAUAAAGAGGGACAGUAGAACCACUCUCCGAAAAAUUGGAAGUAAAAUCUGUAGUCACGCAUGGCGACCGUGCAAUGUUCUUAGUCGCUUUUGCCCCACUCUCGCAUUGCUAGUCGCAUAGAAACGUACGGUUUUAACAGGGAAAACCCGCAUCCACCACUGGUGAAUUAUCAAUUGCGUACUGCCGGUAUUACUUCUUGAGAUCAAAGUGCCGACAGAUAAGUGGUUUUACUGUCCCUCUUUAUACUGUGUCUCAACUUCAAACAUUUAAGUUGCUACCUUCCUUAUGUUUGGAGAUUGCUUGCUAGUAGGAAGGUCACGUGGUAGAUAAACCCCGCCUAUUAGAAAGAGAUACAAGACCUGCUCGCAUCUUUUUUCUCUGUCGCACUUGGGGAACAGGUUUACGUUUCCGUGCACAGUCUGGGUAUUAGUUAUGUCCAUGGUUUUGACACCCAUUACGGUUGGUAUUAAUCGUUCUUGUGAUAUAAGAAUAAAUCCAACUCGAGCAACUCCCCCUUGUGAUAGAAUCAUAAACAAUCUUUAAGAAUUUCGUACACAGACACAAAUAUAUAUUCAACGAAAAGUUUUCGUACGGAAUUUUUAAAGCGCAUCACAGAUGUAACUCUACUUUAAGUGUUAGAUUAGUUUAGUGAGCUAUUGCAUAUUUACUGUGAUAUACCAGGUGUUGGAAGCACUUACUUUAUUUUGGGAAAGUAUGAAAAAUGUAAAACACCGGGUAUAGUAUGCAAUUGAAAACGCAUGUGUAUUUAUUUUGUAUAUUGUAGUGCGGUUGUAUGUAUGAUCUCUUUUAUAGAUCAGUAGACUCGAAUAAAUAUUUUUAUAUUUC